CAGCAUUCUAUUCUCGUCGCCUGUGAGGUUCCAACAAAACAACAAUCACUCCCACCCGCCCUCGGAUUUCUGCAUACAUCUCUAUGGAGUAAUUUCUCAAAUUUUUCCAUCAAUUUGAGUCCCACCCUUCAAUUCCAAAACAAUAAAACGGGAAUUUGAGAGCUCAUUCUUAGAUCACGUGCGCUCCACAUUUCGCCUACGUCGUCUUCAUCACAUCAUCCUCAAGAGACAUCAGGCUUCCGUCCGAAUCAAUCCUCUCAGCCUCGCAUUCGAAUACCAUGUAAUCGCCUAUUUUCAUUUCACCAGUUCUCAAAAUGGAUAUCCCAAUCGCCGCCAACGUCCUCGGCACAAUCGGUGCAGUCUGCUGGUCCGUUCAGCUCAUUCCUCAAAUAAUCAUCAACUACCGCCGCCAUAAUACAAUCGGUUUGCAACGGUCAAUGAUGCUUCUCUGGGCAUGUGCCGGUGUCCCGCUUGGUGCGUACAACGUCUCGGGGCACUUCAACAUCGCGCUGCAGGUGCAGCCGCAGAUCUUGACAGUGUUGAGCUUGAUUACUUGGAUUCAGUGCUACUAUUAUGAUGAUAAAUGGGGUAUCUCAAAAUGUUGUGUCGUUGUUGGAGCCAUCGGCACAGUAUUUGGUGGCAUUGAAGCAGGAUUGGUAUUUGCACUGAAGACAGCACUCAGACAAAACCUUCACUGGCCCAUCACGCUCCUGGGCGUAAUCUCAACCAUCCUCCUCUCCGCCGGCGUCCUUCGCCAUUACUACGACAUCUACAUCCACCGCACAGUCCGCGGUAUCUCCUUCAUAUUCGUAGCCAUUGAUGCAGCAGGCGAUGUCUUCUCUCUUAUAUCCGUCUUCUUCCAACCCAAGCUCGAUAUCCUAGGCAUGGUCAUCUAUGCAACGGAGUUCGUGCUGUGGUGCGGCGUCUUUGCAUGUGGCGGGUAUUUCAACCUGAUGCCGUGGAUUCGGCAGAAGAUUAGGGGUAGAAGAAGGGAGGAAGGAACGCGAGAUGAUGUAGCUGGUAUUGACGCGGGUGCAUCGAACGAUGUUUCACUCAGUCGGGUUCCUUCUUCGACGUCUGUGUUCAGAACACCGAGCUCG